AUGGCCCUCGACCACAUGGCCCCCCAACUACAACCCACAAAUCAUGCUGGUUUCGUGACGGGUUCUGAGAACGUCAGUCCUUCCAGACUUGUUGGAGCACCUUCGACGCCUACGAUCUCGGAUGACAAGGACCCCAAUACACCCGUUCGUUCAUCUUAUCUGGAGGAACUGAGCAUUGGAGCGUUGCAGAAUGUACAGAACCUAGCACAGGUUCCUACUUCACGCAACCGGCAUCCCAAGGCCAAGGCCGACGUCCACGUUCCAGCAAGCAUCGCCACCCCAGACUCGCUGGCCGACGUUCUGAGUAACUUUCACAUUUACAGCCCUCCCGAGAAGGAAGCGGUCACUUCGGAACUCAGUAAGGUCACCGUACGGCAGACGCAAGAGACCGUUUCUGCGUCGCCACAUAGCCCCAAGCUUCAGAAAUCGGCCCGCAACGCAAAGCACGCCCACUUCGCUCUGCCGGAACAGCCUUGCGACAGUGUUGAAGGAGGUCCAAGUCUGACAGGUUCAGUCAGACGCGAGUCAUUUUCUGCGCUUUUAUCGGAGUCUGAUAUACAGUCCACCAUUCAACAACACGACGCAAAGAACUUUAACUGGAUUCUCUCUCUUCCUCGCGACGCUGGCAAUUUCGUUGGAGAUAAGCACUUGCGCCGCAUUUGCUCGGCUACCGAUCUGGCAGACAGCGCCAGUCAAGACCGAAAAGUGUACUUUGGCUGCAACAUCUUGCGGCAGAGAUCGCUAUCCCGAAGCUCUGUCACAGGCAGAGACCGAGCAGUCAAUACAUAUACUCUCAUUGCUACACCCUUGAGCAACCGUGCAGAGGUAAACGACAUUCACGCUCCAGCAGAAACCAUGAUCGAUACGCUCCUACCUCCAAAUUCCACAGGCGUGGUACCGGCGGACUUCAGCGGCCUCUCGCCCAAACCAGUUGGGGCACCACUUGAUCAAGGCUCCUAUGAGCGGGCACAGUCCGUACCGCGUUCACCUGGUAGCUCUGUUGCGCGUAUCGAGGAUACCCUGGAGGAGCUGGACAGACUAGAGGACCAGUUCGAAGCGGUACAUCGUAUGGUUCGUGUCAAGCGCGUGGCGUCACCAGACAAAGAGGCCUUUGACCGCCGAAGCCCGGGCCACGGCGCCGCUGACACCCAAAAUUCGACUACCAAAACGGGCACUGUUCGCUCAAGACCCUCUGGCGUAGCCCGAACGUCAUCAGUGCGUAAGUCAGCCGGCGCCCCUGACCCGGCGACGAAGUCAACGGAGGAGACACCGGCUGCCACGACUAGCGCUGCUACGAAGAGGUUGAGUGUUGCUCGCCCGCUGAGUCUACUUCCGCCGAAACCGCCAGUAAAGUCGAGCAAGCCGCCUACAACAUCGACAUUUGAGCUUCCAGGUGAGGCUGUGGCACGCAGACUAAAGGAACAACGCGAGGCUCGCAUGUCAGCAGCCGCUGCGGCGGCGGCUGUUGGGGCCAAACCAACCACGACAAAGACAGGGCAGUUUCGCAAGGCUCGGUCGGUAAAGCCACCGACGAUCCCAACCUUUGAGCUUCCCGGAGAAGCAAUUUCUAGACGCAAGAGAGAAGAGCACGAAGCCAAGCUCAGGCGGCAAGAGGAAGAAGAAAAGAAGCGGCGCGAAUUCAAGGCGAGGCCCGUUCGACUGAGCGUCACGCCGAGCACAGUCCCGCGUGAGACCAUCUCCAGUCGUGCCCGAACGAAGCGGACCUCCAUCAUUGGCGAAGCCAGCAUGGCAAGUGGUGGUCUAAGCGUGCCGGGAUCUGCGGUGCCGGGGUCUGCGUCACCGGCAAACAGACGUUUGUCAGUCAUCUCGUCAGACUCGGCGGGCCGUACCAACAGCUCGGGCCAGGUGACUCGUGGGCGCGGACCAGCGCUGGGAUCGUCGCCCACAGCAGCCGGACAGAUGAGCAGGGCUACGUCGACAUCCACUGGUAGCAUCAGCGGAAAGCGGAGCACAAUCUCGGUGGAAGAUGUGCAGUACCAAAAGCUACGAGGCAGAGAGAUUCUCCAGCGAGACAGCAUCCUGUCUUCGGAUCGCGACCGUGAGAAGCGGGAACGUGAAGCGAUCGCCAGGCAGGCCCGUCAGGAGGCAGCUGAGAGAUCUAGGGCGCUCAGCCGAGAGUGGGCCGAAAGACAGAAGCUGAAGGCCAAGAAGGCCACGACGGCAUGA